UAAUAUAAUUGCAGUUAAUGUAAUUAAAUGUCAUAGGAACAAGUUCUUUUAUAUAAUUAUUUAUAAAAAAGAAACCACAUAAGUCUCGAAGGAAGGAACCUUACAUUACGUGGCAGUGUAGCAGUUAAACAACUGUUUGUUGCUGAUUGGCUUGGUUCACACCGGUCUUGUGAGGUGUGUAGGGUGCUAUAAGCAGGAAAUGGUAAUAGUUGUUUACGUGAUUCCAAUUUAGCCACCGCGACAUAAACGGAUGUUAAAUUUGAGACACAGUUUGGAUGCAUUUGCAGAGAUAUACGCUCAGAAUCUUGGCGUGAGGAAGAUUAUACGGUUAAAAGUUAGAUAAAUAAACCAUGAGGCUUAAACUGUAUCACUCUUCUUACAUCUACAUUUGUGCACUUGUUUUUGUGUGCCUGUGGACACAGUGCAGAUUUGAAGACAUAGAUGAUGACGAUGCUGUGGUGACCACAGAAGAAAUAGUACCGGAAGAGGCAGUUGUAAACGAAGAAAUAAAUUAUGAGAGUCCUAGACCAUCUGGAAAUGUUUAUUUUGCUGAGCAUUUUGAUGAUGUGAAUCGAUUCAAACAGAGAUGGGUUAGUUCUGAAGCAAAGAAAGAAGGCAUUGAUGAGAACAUAGCAAAGUAUGAUGGCAGGUGGGAAGUCGAACCUCCUGUAAAAGAUGGUUUGAAAGGAGACUUGGGAUUGGUACUGAAAAGUAAAGCAAAGCACGCAGCAAUUUCAGCGCGGCUGGAUAAGCCAUUUAGCUUUGUAGAUAAGCCACUCAUUGUUCAGUACGAAGUAGUCCUGCAGGAAGGACAAGAAUGCGGUGGUGCGUAUCUCAAGCUGCUUUCAGCAGGAAAGGCCACUGCCGAUUUGCGCCAAUUCCACGAUAAAACGCCGUACACCAUUAUGUUUGGGCCAGACAAGUGUGGUAAUGAUCAUAAGUUACACUUUAUCUUCCGACACAAAAAUCCAGUUAAUGGAACUUUAUCAGAAAAGCAUUGCAAGAAACCUAAAGAACGCCUGGAAGAGCCUUUCAAAGACAAACAGCCCCAUCUCUACACCCUAGUGGUACGGCCUGACAAUUCGUUUACCAUUAGCUUAGACAACAAGGUGAUUAAUGAAGGAAGUUUAUUAGAGGACUUCACUCCUCCUGUUAAUCCCCCAAAUGAGAUUGAUGAUCCAAAUGAUAAAAAACCUGACGACUGGGAUGAGAAAGAGAAGAUACCAGACCCAGAUGCUCGAAAACCUGAUGACUGGGAUGAGAAUGCACCUGCUAUGAUUGUUGAUAGCAGUGCAACAAAACCAGAAGGGUGGCUAGAAGAUGAACCAGAGAUGAUACCUGACCCAAAUGCAGAGAAACCUGAUGAUUGGGACACAGACAUGGAUGGAGAUUGGGAGGCUCCAUUAAUUCCUAAUCCUGUAUGUGAGAAAGCUCCAGGUUGUGGGCCAUGGAAACCACCUAUGGUAGCUAAUCCUGCAUACAAAGGGAAAUGGAGAGCACCUCUUAUUGAUAAUCCAAAUUAUAAGGGCAAAUGGAAACCUCGCCGCAUUCCAAAUCCUGACUUCUUUGAGGACAAGUCACCUUUCAAAAUGACAACAAUCUCAGCUGUGGGGUUUGAACUUUGGUCAAUGUCAAACAUGAUUUUGUUUGAUAAUAUCAUUGUAACUGAUGAUCCUGCUGUUGCUGAGAGGUGGGCAGCUGAAACCUUUAUACUGAAACGCAGAAAAAUUGAUAAGGAUUCUGAAACUUUGUGGGAAUCUGCAAUGCGUGCAAUGAACUACAAGCCUGGUUGGUGGGCACUCUACUUUCUUUAUUGCAUUGUACCUAUUGCAAUAUAUGUGUGGUACCUCUGCAGACGUGUUUCAGAGGAACGUGAUGAACAUAGGCGUACUGCUGAAGCAAAGAAGACAGAUGCCAUAUCUCCUGAUGAUAACAUAGAAGAAAUACAGGAACUGAAACCAAGAAACACUGUUCCAACUUCGAAGAGUGAUCUGGAGGUUCCAGAAGAGGAAGAGGAGGAAGAAGAAGAAAAAACAGCAGCAGCAGUAGAUGCUGCAGCAGAACCAGAAGUGGCAACUUCUGGAGUUCAGGAUGAAGGGGAGAAAACUAAAGGAUCCGAAGACUCUAAACCUGAGCAUACACCAGUUUCGGAACCUGAAGUGGAAAUAAUUGAAGAAGAGGAAGAAGAAAAUAAAGAUGCUGAUGGGGAAACAGCUGCAGGAGAUGCACCUCGGUCUCCAAAGAAAAGACGCCCCCGGAAAGAAUAAAUUGUCUUAAAACAAUGCAGCUGAUCUUAGCAUUACCUCAAAGUGCAGCUUCAGUUUACUGUGCUUUGUGACUGAAACAGAAACUCUGAACAUAGAGUGCUAAUUUUGAUUGUGUUUGUUUUACGUUGUUGAAAAUAUUGUGCAGAUGUUUAUAGUUUUAUGUAUUACUGUAUGUGUUCAUGACUGUCAGUGUGAAUCAACUAUGGGUAACAAACUCAGUUAUUUUUUAAAAAAAUGCAGUUGAAAUAUUUUCGUUACACUGCUUCAGUUCUGGUCAUUUUAACUGUUUCAUUUGUGGUUUUUAUUUAUAUAUAAUUAUUAUUGUUUUCUUAAAGUUUAGUAUGGAUGUGUCACAGAGAAUAUGGUUGAAGUAACAAGUGUGUACCAAAGUUUUUGUAGUGUUUGCAUAAUCUUGCUAUCAAUGCCUUAUAAUGCUGGAAAUCAUUGCCAGGAUAAACAUUCAUUUCAUUCCAUGCCAUUUAUUUCUACAUAAUGAUAUGUAAAGAAAUUUAAAGCUGUUAGAUAUUUUAGUUUGGAAGAUGCUGAAGAGUAUUAAAUUGUCAUUUAGUAACCUCAUUCUUCCAAUAUGUUAUACUUUAUC